AUGAAGAGCGUCUUUAUAUGCUUUACAGCAUUUGUACUCAUUGAAUGUGACACUAGUCCAAAUAGAGUAGUGAGCUUUCCAUGGAUGGAAAAUCUUGUGCGAUUACCAUUUCCAAACUUGGACAACUCGACAGACGUUGACGAUGCUUUGGCAAAGUAUCCACCAGCACUCAGACCCUUCAUCAAUGCUACUGCCAUCAAUGCAAGGAAGCACAAGAAUAGCACUGAGGAUGAAGUGAUAACCGAUGAAGACAUAGCAGACAUCCAAGAUGAGGACGAGCACUCUAAAGUGAACACUGCUCACUUUGACGGAAAGAAAACUACAAUCACCAUAUCCACCGAUGCGGGUUUGAAACUCUAUCAACACUGGCUCGAUCAAGCCAUUUCUGGGCUGAUGGCUGCUGUGGCCACGAAGAAGCUAGAAAGUGUGCCCGAGUAUCUGCGAGCAGCUCAUCACACUUGUGCAAAAGGUGCCACAACAGUGCAAGCCCAUGCAAAAUGUGUGGUGACGCUUCUUGACGCGGAAGUCAAAUAUCAGAAAUGGAACGAAAGAUAUGGAAACGCUAAACGAAUAAGUAGGAUGCGACACAAUUAUGAUGCGAAAGCAGCAAUGAUGAAACGAAAUAGGGAAAGACUUCGGUACAAGCAGAAGCAGUUCUUUGCCCAAGAAGAACUCAGAAGAAAAGUUUUGAAAACAAAGUUUCAGCAGCGCAUGUAUGCAAACUCUCAAACAAGCAAAACAAUGGAUUUCAAGAAGGUAUACGGCCCGCAGCCAAAAGAGUAUUUCCCAAACGAAGAUGGUUGGGUUGGCUCCUUCAAGAUGCGAGCGAAACGCUCUGUUGAGAAGUUCGCUGAAAACCGGAAACGUAUGGCUGUAAAACCAACUGUGAAGAAAAAGUACAACCUUUUAGACGGCUCAAAUACUUCUCCUCUUGCACUGCUUGCGAAGAAAUUAGUGCACACUGUACGCAGCUUCAAAAGCAAAGACAAAGAAUAUAAAAGUUGGCAGGAAGUAGUCAGUGAAAUAAAGGAAGAAGGCAGAAAACUGAAGCAGAAGCAAAAGGUGAAAAAAAUGUUGGAGCAACGAUUCGAACUUUUCAAUGAAGCACUUCGUGAUGAAGGAAUGAAUAAAGCGAUGAUCAAAAAACUUGAUGUAUUUGGUGACGAUAAGGAUGAUGAAGAGAUGGAGACGCUCAUGCGGAAAGCGAAGAAGCAAGAGCAAACGUUGAGCAAAGAGGACAAAAUGAUGCAGGCGCCUGUGAAGCUUGUUCGUGAAGGUUUGAAAUUGGGAAUGAUGAUCACUGGACGGAAUGUUUCCAACUUCGACAAACAAAAUGUGAAGCUGAUCUCGCCUCGCCUACUUUCACUUGUUCCCGAAGGAACAGAAGAUGAUGUUGUUAAUUUGCUUUCUCCUUCGCUCUUUUCCUUGCAUAAUGAAGGCAAAGGUAUUGAAGAUGAGCUAAGUUUGGCAAAGGCUUUUAAACUUUUCGAUGAACAAGGACAUCAGGAAUGGUUGAACUUCGUUAUUGAAGCUUCAGGAGUUUCCGAUGCUCUUUCAAAAAUGAAGGUAUCACUUGUGUUACAGCCAUCAUUAGCGCGAGCUAAAACAAACAAACAGGAUGCUAAUGCAGCGGCCGAAAGGAGACAGUUAGACGAACAAUUUCGCAAUGACGAAGGUCAACCUCUGUACUUUACCAAGGAGAAUGUGACUGAAAUGUACGGUCCUAGUGAAAGGAAGAAAAUCGACAUAUUUGAGGAGCUCCAGAAGUCACUGUCAAAGCAGCAGGUACCUUUCAAAGAGAUUUUGUACACCUUGGUCGACCACUUGGACAUUGACGUCCUCAUUUAA